AUGGAGCGCGGGUCGGACCCGCCUCCGCUCGCAGCUGAUGCGGACGUGGACGCCGCCGCGACAAUUUCAGGGGUAACCUCGGAAGCCGGCCCCGCCAGUUCCGCAUGCACUCCAACGAGCCGCUCCGGCGCCAGCGGUCUCGUACGAAGCGCGAGGCGGCGAAUCCCAGCCCCCACGAGCCCGCCCAGAGCUGCGAGCAGCGAGUCUCCCAUGUCCCCUGGUUCCAUGGUCCGUGGCGCGCGGUCGGGGUCCGCAUCCGCGCCCCGGGGUGGAGGUGCGAGUCCGCCGUUCGUGGACGGGAGCGUGCUCGCCAUCCACGGCACAAGCGAGGGCGCGAUUGUUGCGGUGAGGAAGGACGCGCUGAGCCACUGCGCGCCGAGCGACUUUGCCGUCCACAUGAUGACCCCCUGCACUCGCCGCUCCCAACAGCCUGCUGCAGCCGCGCAACUCUCACCCGCCUCCGCCUCUGCCUCUGGAUCGAGCGCCGAGGCGCGGAGGCGCGCGGGCAGUCACCGGCGGUCGCUGUCGUGCCCCAGCCACGACGCCCUCAUGGCCGAGGCUCUCCAGCCGCUUCCCGCGCCCGGGCCGCGCAUGGCGCGGUGCUCGGGGUCCAGCAACAACCUCUCGCUCAUCGCCGCCGCCACCGCGCCCACACCCGCCAUGCCCUCGCCCAAUCGCUAUCGCGUCCUCUCCGCCGCCUCUGCCGGCAGUCCCCCGUCGGAUUCGCCUCCGCGUGCAACAGCCACCACGCCAGGCGCGACAGUAAACCGUCGCGGCGGCACGCGACCCAGGGGCCUCGACAGUUCCUCCUCCUUUCCCCCCGCAUGCUCGUCCCCCGUCUUCACCUCGUUCGCUCCUUCGGUCUCCACCACCCCCAUAUCACCUGUCGCUUGCCCCACGACGCCUUCGGGCCUGCCGCCUCGCUCCCGGAAACCUGGGAACUCGCACAGCAGCGCGUAUCCGCAGGCAUCUCCACGUCCCGCAUCGCUUGACGAGCCUGCGAUGUUCGCGAGUGACGGCGACCGAUUGCGUGCGACGUCGCCCACUUUCGUACGAAUUGAACCCCCGUCACAGAGCACGGCUGCCCAGAUCAUGGCGAGCAGCCCGUGGGCGCGCGAGGAGUCGCCGCGAUUAACGGCAGCAAUGGGUAGGCAAGGCGGGUUCAGCACUGCGGUCAGCCCUAAUGCGCUCAGCCCUACUGCGUUCGCAUUCCCUCUGCAGAGUGACUCGAUACUAAGCCCUCACUCAGUGCCUGUUCUCAACCUUCCUUCGCAAGCAGGCAGAACUGGAAAGGCGUCCGCAAGCAGUCAAACGGCUGGAGUUAUGACUGCAAAUGCCUUCGCAUCUGAUGCUCGCGUUGCGCCUUUGCCAAGUGACGAGGGGAGCGAUUCAGAUGAUGAUUUCAUGGGGCUGUACGAGACGGUGGCACAAAGGAGGGCCAUGGUGUCUGCUGCACAGCACAUGCUGGCCGCCGCGGCCUCAGCCAAGCCAGGCCCCACCCAGGCUCACAGCACAGCCGCAAGUGGUCAUGGCGGGGGCUCACAAGGAGUGAGUGGGGUAGUGAGCGGCGCGGGGGAUGGGAGUGGGCGACAGGUGCAGGGACGGAGCCGGCGCAGCAUGUCUGCAGACUUCAACUUCUCUUCAUGGGCCAUGGAGAUGUACGAUACCGCCAAAGACAGCAGAGAGGCGCCACGUCAGCCACCGCUGUCGCCGUCGUCGCGCUGCGACAAUGCGAGCACUCACCACCGAUCGGACGAGGCCAUGUCCCUUCGACCGGUGGGCCUCCAGCCGCUGGACGCGGAGGAGUUCCGCGCGCACGCGCACCGCAUGGUGGACUAUAUCGCGGACUACUACCGCGAUAUCGAAUCACACCCCGUUAGAAGCACCGUCGAGCCAGGGUACCUGCAGCACCACGUGCCUGAGAGCGCACCAGAGGAGGGCGAGCCGCUGGACAAGAUACUCGCAGACGUGUCGGGCGCCAUAAUGCCGGGCAUAACGCACUGGCAGAGCCCGUCGUUCUUCGCCUUCUUCCCCGCCAACAGCAGCACGCCCGCGCUGCUGGCAGACAUGCUGUGCUCCGCGCUCAACGUCGUGGCCUUCAACUGGCUCGCCUCGCCCGCCGCCACCGAGCUUGAGACGCGCGUGCUCGACUGGUUCGCCCGCCUGCUGCUGCUGCCACCCGCCUUCCUUGCCUCUGACUCCGGCGGGAGGGGGGGCGGUGUGAUUCAGGGCACUGCGAGCGAGGCGGUGCUGGUGGCUGUGCUUGCAGCACGCGAGAAGGCCCUGCGCGCCCUGCACGCACAGCACCAGCAGCAGCAGCACGCAUACUCACAUGCAGCUGCAGGGGCAGGCGCAGGGGGGGCUGGUGGCGAGGGAGGGGGAGGAGAGGGGGCAGCGGUGGGGAGCGGAGGCGGGUUGGAGCGGCUGGUGGCGUAUGUGUCGGACCAGACCCACUCAUGCGUCAAGAAGGCAUGCCAGAUCGCGGGCAUUCCUAGCGGCAACCUGCGAGUGCUGGCCACGAGUGCGAGCGAGAGCUAUGCGCUGCAGCCCAGCACACUGCAAGAGGCUGUGGCCACCGACACACGUGCAGGCCUCGUGCCCUUCUUCCUCACCUGCACUGUGGGCACCACCUCGUCCACCGCAGUGGACCCCAUUGAACCGCUCGCCGCCAUAGCUCAGGCGCAUGGCAUGUGGGUGCACGUGGAUGCAGCGUAUGGAGGAGCAGCGUGUGUGUGUGAGGAGCACCAGCAGCACCUGGCGGGCGUGCAGCACGUGCAGUCGCUGGCCGUGAACGCACACAAGUGGCUGCUCACUAACUUCGACUGCUGCUGCCUCUGGACGCAGGACACUAAGGCAGUGCAGGACGCGCUCACCACCACGCCAGAGUACCUGCGCAAUAAGGCGUCAGACAACCAGCGGGUGCUGGACUACAAGGACUGGCAGGUGCCCCUCGGCCGCCGCUUCCGGGCGCUGAAGCUGUGGUUUGUGCUGCGCAUGUUCGGAGCGGCACAGCUGAGGGCGUACAUCCGCCACCACGUGUCCCUGGCCUGCUGGUUUGAAGCCGCUGUCUGCGCUGAUGCCCGCUUCCAGCUGAUGGCGCCGCGCACCUUCGCCCUCGUGUGCUUCCGCCUGCGCCCGCCGGGGCAGGCAGAGCAGCACACGGAGGGGCACGGCGGAGGGGAGCAGGGGGGCGGGGCGAGGGGCGGUGGUGGCGAUGAGGGGUGGGUGCUGAACGAGGCCCUGCUGGAGGCCGUCAACUCGUCGGGAAAAGCCUUCCUCACUCACACUGUACUGUCGGGGAAAUUCACCAUUCGCAUGGUGGUUGGGGCUUCUACAACUCAGAAGAGGCACGUGGAGGAGGCAUGGGAGCUCAUUCAACGAGAGGCUUCACGCUUUCACGUCGCCAUGGCCUGCUGCAGCCUUCAGCUCGCGGCUCCCACCGCCACGUGGAAGGGUCAGGCGCAGUCGCUCACGGCUGCCGGCGACAAAUCGUCGUUCUUUGGGCGACUUCCUGCUGUCUCACGGUCGCCGCUCGUCGCCGACGUCAGCGUCGUCGCGUCGCGCCCCGCCGCGUCCAGGCGGGUCUCCGCCGCUCCGCGCGCGUCCAGCGGGCUCAUCGGCGUGAGCGGCGACGUGGUGUCGCCGCGCGCGGCGCGGCAGAAGAUCCCGCCGAUGCAGCCGGUGGUGAUGACGCCGUCGGGCCCGGCGGACCUGAUGUCGGCGUUCCUGCGCAACCGCAUCAUCUUCGUGGGGUCCGCCAUCAACCAGCAGAUGGCGCAGCGCGUCAUCCAGCAGCUCCUCGCGCUCUCCGCCGUCGACGACCGCCAAGACAUCAAGAUGUACAUCAACUGCCCCGGCGGCAGCACGUACUCCGUGCUAGCCAUCUACGACUGCAUGGCCUGGAUAAAGCCGGACGUGCAGACGGUGGCGUUCGGCAUGACGGCGUCGCAGGGCGCGCUGCUGCUGGCGGCGGGCACCAAGGGCAAGCGCCUCGCCAUGCCCAACUCGCGCAUCAUGAUCCACCAGCCCCAGGGGGGGUGCGGGGGUACAUCAGAGGACGUGCGGCGGCAAGUCAACGAGGUCAUGUCGUCUCGUGAUAAGCUGGACAAGAUGUUCUCAGCAUUCUCAGGGCAGCCAGUGGAGCUCAUUCAGAAGUACACCGAAAGGGAUCGCUUCUUUUCUGCUGCUGAGGCCAUGGAGUUUGGGCUCAUAGACGGGCUGCUCGAGACAGAGUACUAG